AUGUUAAAAUAUAUAUAUAUAUAUAUAUAUGGUUCCCAGACAACAACAGACCAGCGCCUCUGUAUCUCUCUCUUCAGCGUUUCUCUCUACCUCUCCCAUUAUACUGCCUCUGCCACUCCGCUGCUCUUCUCCCCUCCCUCUCUCACCGCCCUCCACCAGCCGUGCCUCCGCCACUCCUCCUCACGGUCGCCGACAGCUGGAGCAUCGAUUGCAAGCUCUCUCUCUCUCUGUGCAGUUCGCAUUUUGACACAAAAUCUAGCUGCUUUUCUUAGCAUUGCAUUACCAAGUCUGCUAGCAAGUGUCAUGACUAUUGCUGCUGAUACAAGUGGAUCUCCAACUAGGCUUCAGUUAGGUUCAGUAACGUCAGGGAAAGAAGACAUUGGAAAUUAUACUGGUAUAUGCAUCAUUGUAGCUACUUUGGGAGUUGCAGAUGGCCAUGUUCAAGGAGGGAUGGUUGGAGACCUAUCCUUCAUGUGCCCUACAUUCAUCCAAGUAAGCCUUUCAAAGUGUAUUAUUUCUUUCAAGUUAAUUAUAUUUAGGAAGACUUACGUGUAGAUCUUAAUAGGUAGACUUAUUAUCCAAUAGAUCAUAUGAUAAGUAAGCCUUUCAAAGUGUAUUAUUUCUUUCAAGUUAAUUAUAUUUAGGAAGACUUACGUGUAGAUCUUAAUAGGUAGACUUAUUAUCCAAUAAGUCAU